AUCGGAGGGCGGCGGCGAGCAGGGCCCGCUGCUCUCGGCUCUUGCCUGUUGCGGCCGGAGGCGAAGUCGCGCCAUGUCGCGGAGCGCCGGACCUUCUGCGGGAACGGCCCCGCGGCACCGAGCCCUGGGCCAGCCCUGCAGGGGUGUCUGUACGUGCAGGGGCUGUCAGAGCUGGAGCUGUCAGAGCAGUCGGAGAUGCUCGUUUAUCUAAACGAGGUGAACUGUCAAGUGUAACUUCAGAUCAGUAAGAAGUGCCGUGUUUUUGGUGCCUGUGUCAAAGUGCUUCAAUCUGUGGUGUUUGUUUAUCGUCAAGUCUCCACUGCAGGAAACGCGCGGUUAUUUGCAGUAGUAGACAUCGAAUGUAAAGCUGUACCGCUGUCUGUGGUGUCCUGGGCUAAAUGGCCGCUUCUAGGCAGCACACUGGGUGUACAUUCUUUAGCUGGUUAAAAAAAAAAAAAGAAAAAAAGAAAAAAAAAUUAAAUGGCACAUCUCCAAGGAAGGGAGACUGGGGGGUUUCUUGUCAAAGGCUGUUCUGUAAGAAAUCGGAAAUAAUUCACAAAUUUUCUUUUUGAAGUGCUGCUUUGAUUUCGAGUCUAAAUUGUUACGCCUGCAGGACUGUACUGCAGCUGGAAGUUGCAGAUUGAAAUAUCAUGGGCAGAAAAUAGUUUGGAUGAUGUGUUUUGCCAGCAUAUUUCUGCAAUUUCAGUUUUAACGAUGGAUAAGUGUAAGCACGUAGGACGUCUGCGACUGGCCCAGGAUCACUCCAUUCUCAAUCCUCAGAAAUGGCAUUGCAUGGACUGCAAUACUACGGAAUCCGUGUGGGCGUGCCUCAGCUGCUCGCACGUGGCGUGUGGAAGAUACAUCGAAGAGCAUGCACUAAAGCACUUUCAGGAGAGCGGCCACCCAGUGGCCUUGGAAGUUAACGAGCUGUAUGUUUUCUGCUAUCUCUGCGACGAUUAUGUUCUCAAUGACAACGCAACCGGUGACUUAAAGCUCUUGCGGAGUACGUUGAGUGCAAUCAAGAGUCAAAACUAUGAGUGCACCACUCGAAGUGGGAGGACUUUGCGUUCUAUGGGUACCAGUGAUGAUUCCUACCUUGCUCACGGUGGUGCCCAAGCCACGCUUCGGAACGAAGACAGGAUGUUCACGGCUCUCUGGCACCGACGGCGUGCGGUCCUGGGCAAAGUAUUCAGAUCGUGGCUUGAGUUGACACCUACUGGAAAAAGGAUUUUGGAAGAAGAAAGACGUCAAGAAGAAGCAGAGCUAAAAAAGGAUAAAGCUAGGAAGAGGAGACAAGAACGAAAGCGUGAGUUGAAAGCAGAGAUGGAAAAGAUGCCUCCGAGAAAGAGCAGUCGUUUACAAAAUCAGAUUAGAAUGUCCUCAAAACCAGAACCCUGCCCUCAAAAAACAUCACAGAACAUGGAAUUUUUGGCAGAGUUGAAAGAAACAUAUACCUCAGAAGAACUGAGAUUGAAAAAAAUAAGUGACUCUCCAAUUAAACGAAGGCCUACAGUGACUCCUGGAGUAACAGGACUGAGAAAUCUGGGAAACACAUGCUAUAUGAAUUCUGUCCUGCAGGUAUUAAGUCACUUACUUAUUUUUCGAGAAUGCUUUUUAAAGCUUGAUCUCAACCAAACUCAGGAACUGCUGGCAACAGCAACCAAUGGUAAAACAAGAUCUUCAUCCAAACACCUGUCAAUAGCUGCCUCAACAUUACACGUGAAUGAGAACCAAGAGAAAGUAAAGGGAUCAUAUUCUGUGAGGCGGCCUAGUUUAUCCUCUGGAUUAAGUGGAGGAGCAUCAAAAAGUAUGGAACUUAUUCAGCCCAGGGAGCCCAGUUCAAAGCAUAUUUCUCUCUGUCAUGAGUUGCAUACUCUAUUUCAGGUUAUGUGGUCUGGCAAAUGGGCCCUGGUGUCUCCUUUUGCCAUGCUUCAUUCUGUGUGGAGACUAAUUCCAGCCUUCAGAGGGUAUGCCCAGCAAGAUGCUCAGGAAUUUCUCUGUGAACUUUUGGAUAAAGUACAGCAGGAACUGGAGACUACGGGGACCAGAUACCCAGCUCUCAUCCCUGCUUCUCAAAGAAAACUUAUAAAGCAGGUUUUGAAUGUGGUUAACAACAUUUUUCAUGGACAGUUAUUAAGUCAGGUUACAUGUCUUGCCUGUGACAAUAAAUCAAAUACCAUAGAACCUUUCUGGGACCUGUCCCUGGAGUUUCCCGAGAGGUAUCACUGCAAUGGCAAGGAGAUGUCGUCUCAGUAUCCAUGUCUGCUGACAGAAAUGCUGGCCAAGUUUACAGAAACUGAAGCUUUGGAAGGAAAGAUAUAUGCAUGUGAUCAGUGCAACACAAAACGAAGGAAGUUUUCUUCUAAACCAGUUAUACUCACAGAAGCUCAGAAGCAGCUUAUGGUGUGUCGACUACCUCAGGUUCUCAGAUUACACCUUAAACGGUUUAGGUGGUCAGGACGCAAUCACCGUGAGAAGAUCGGUGUACAUGUUAGUUUUGAUCAAAUGCUAAACAUGGAGCCUUAUUGCUGCAGGGAAUCCCUCAAGUCUCUCCUGCCUGACUGCUUCAUCUACGACUUGUCCGCUGUGGUAAUGCAUCACGGGAAAGGUUUUGGCUCAGGGCACUACACUGCCUACUGCUACAAUUCUGAAGGAGGAUUUUGGGUACACUGCAAUGAUUCGAAACUCAACAUGUGCACUAUGGAAGAAGUAUGCAAGGCUCAAGCCUACAUUUUGUUUUACAGCCAACGACUUACUCAGGCAAAUGGACAUGGUAGAGUCCCUUGUCCUAGCACAGCUGAAAGUCAGCAGCACACAGAAUUAGCUGGCUGUUCCAUGGACAACAGUAGCAGCUAAUCCAAAGCCAGUUAACUGUGUGUAUGGUAAAGGUUUAAAUUGUCAUAACUAUGUAUUUUUAAAAGGAAGUACAGUAUUGUACUUUUUCAAUGUUUAUAUAGUUUUGUAUUAGUUGAAGUACUCUUUACAAUGGUUAGCAAAAGUUUUUAUUGACAAUAAGUAACUUUCAAAGUACCUAGAAUUUCAAUACAGCUAUUUUUUUAAAGAAGAGAUUGCUAUGUGCAUUUAACUUUUACCUCAGGCUAUUUUUUUAAGCUGGUUUUGUAUUAUGAUAAUAUUUUUGAAUUGGUUUAGAAAAUUUACUUCAAUGGGCAACUGAUAUUUGUCUGGUUAAUUUUCUGUAUAUGCUUGUGUACAUUUUAUAGUAUAGUUCUAAUGAUACCGUGAUUCUUACUGUCUUGCAGGAAUUGCUACUAGGUCUUAGAAUAUUGACAUUCACCAGCAGGGAAUGUUAAAACAUGUCAGAUAGUAACUGAAUUUUUUGUAGGCAACUUUCUGUGAAAUUAUUUUGCAAGCUUGAAUGGCUAUACUAAAGAUACAUUGAUAGAAUUUCUUAAAAUCUGAACUUGAGGAAAUAGAGCAUGAAGUUAUUUUCAUGUAAGUGUGUAAGAGGAGUGUUUAAUAACACAAGAGUGUAUCUUUAUCAAGACUUGCAUGUUUUAGCCUUAACAAACCUGACAACUUAAAACUCAAGUGCCAAAUUCAAAGUAAUUUAACAACCAGGGGCUUUUUUAUUCCAAAAAUUUAAAAAGUUUUCUUGAACAAACAAGUAAAAAACUCAAUAACCACCCCCCAACAAUAAAACCCCACUUACUCACCCCACUGUCACUGUUACAAGAGCAUUAGCAUCCCUUUUCUUGAAUUGGGCCAGCUCACUUUAAGCUGCAGCAAGCAUGGUCUGUGUCAGUCAUCCCUGAACAAACAGCUGAUGAGAAGCAGCUGCGAAGUUCGCAUGAAAGCGUUCUCAGUCUGGUUUCAUUCCCCACAACUGCUGUACCUUAUACUACAUGGUCCUACCACUAGCAUUAACAGAACUGUGCAGCGAGGAGAAUUUAACCAGCAGGAAUUAUCAAUCCUCCACAUGCAGUAGUUAAUGCCAAUUAAAUUUUAGUUGUGAAGUUAUUUUGUGUAAGGCCUAUGCAAAUUGUUACCUCAUCUUCUGCAAAGUUUAUACCUCAAUAAAAAUGCCUUGAUAUGGACAGAAAAGCGUGUGUGUACUGGAAUCAAUUCCUACAUUAUCAUUACAUUUUUUAAAAUGAUUUUUAGAUUUUGUCUAACGGGAGUUGAGGCAUUAACUGUACAACUGCUUUGGCCAUCUGUCAGUGAUUUAACAGCUGGUUUUGCUAUCGUUUCUGUUUCUGAAAGAUGCCAUAUUAGAACUAGCAUAUAGCAGCCUCAGAUCUCAAACUUCUUGGUCUUGAGCUCAUCUUAAUUAAGUGUGCAAAACAGUUCAUGUGUUGGUUUGGGGAAUUUUUUAGUUGGUUGGGCUUUUUGUGGUUUUGUUAUUGGGUUUUUUUUUUCUUUUUUCUUUUUUAACCAAAAAGCCACGUGCUGAAGCGAGUGAUCUGACAAAUGUACUUGUUAUGGCUGUUCAGUCUUUCAAAUACUUUCCUCUGCUGUCCUGGUGCUGAGGAAAUGCAUGCGAUUUAAACACCUUUUUCUCCUUACAGGUAGUUCAGAAAAUUUGCCUUUUAGGCUCCUGAUACUUUUUCUUCUUCCAAGCACUUCUCUUAGGAGAUCCAUAGGGGUCUUCAGAGACUCAAGCAUUAACAGAAGAGUCUGUCUUUGGUCAUGUAGAGAGCAACUUGGCUGUGAAGAGUUAAUUAGUCUCAAUCAUCACUAUUAAGCACAUACUCAAGCGCCUUAGAAGGAAUCUUACCCUGCCAUCUUUAUAGAAGGAUUGCCUAGGCUGUGCUUCCAGCUAUUCCUCUGCAUUGCAGCAAAGAUUGCUAAGUCUCAAGGCUUUCUCUGAAAGACAUCUUUAGCUCUGCAACAGCAAAUCCAGCUUUCUUCCCAUUGCUCCUCUUGGAUAGAAGAAGAGAAGGGGAGGAGAAAGAGUCCUACUCCUCCUAACCAAGGCAGUGGGGAGGGUAGAGAUGAUUAGUGCCAUCCACCACAAGGAUAAGCUAAUUCAAGUGCUCUUCUCUACAGCUCCUACUUCAGUUCUUAAUAUUUAACUAGUUCAGGUCGUAGCUCUUUAACCAGAUGAAGGCUGUUGGCCUCUCUUGCCAUAAGGGCGCGUUACUGGUUCAUGGACAGCUUCUACCCCAGGUCCUUCUCGGGGCAGCUGCUUCCCAGCCAGCCUGUGAUUCCUGCCCAGGAGCAGGAGUGGUGAUUCCCGUGGUAGAGCUGCAUGAGAUUCCUCCUGUCUCAUUUCCUGGGCCUGUCCUGCUCCCCUUGUGUGGCAGUGCCCCCAGCUGGCCUACCAGCCACUCCUCCGGCUUUGUGUCAGCUGCAAACUUGCUGAGCGGUCACAGGGAUGUCACACACAGAGCAGCCUCACUUUAAACUGAAAAAUAGUAACAGUUUCCAGUCCCAGGUGGUAAUGGAUUUAUGCAUCCUGACAGCACAUGCCUUCGUUUUUCUCUAGUGGUACAGAAGACUUCUACAGAGCCCUCUCCCAUUUAAGGAAUCCAGAGAUUUAGCCUUACUGAAAGGAGAAAAAAAAAAAAAAAAAGUAGUUUCAAAAACUGGGGACACAGGCAC